AUGGAGGACCUACUCUCUCUCAGUCUUCUUUCCAUCCUCCUCCUCUGCUCUCUCCCCCUGUGGUUACUGCUACGCCCUCGGCCGAGUCCCCCUCGAGGAUGUCGCCGACUCGGUCUAGCAGAUGGAGAGAGCAACCUACACGAUGAAUUCGACCUCAAAUACAGCCAAGGAAUCCCAAGAACCCAGCGAGAAGGAGGCCAGCCCUCGUGGCGCGUGAAAGCCUUGUUCACCUACCCACUCAAAUCGUGCGGAGGCAUCGAACUCUCCCAAUCUGAUAUUGUGCCCACCGGCCUCAAAUUCGACCGCCAAUUCGUCUUCGCCGAAAAUGGCCCAGAAGGAUGGAACACCCGCACCCUCCGAAAUGCAGGAUUCCAACGAAUGGCCCUCAUCCACCCAGAGAUCUGGAUUCCAUGCCCCUCGGCACCAGACUACCAUCCCUCCCUCCCAGAGGUGAAAUCGCAAGGCGUGAUGUUAAUCUCAUACCCACGCAUCACACCACCCGGUCCAGCCGGUCUCUUCAAGCGAAUCGCAAUGUCCACCGGGAUGAUCUCCCCCCCGACAUACAUUCCGGAAAGCAUGUCAAACUACCCCCUAACCCCCGUCAAAAUCUGGAAAGACAAACCACUAGCCCACAACUACGGCAUCCAUCUCCCAGCCAAACUACACAAAUACCUCGGCUUCGACGCAAAAACAAGCCCACUAACCCUCCUCCGCGCCAACGAAACCCACACUCGCCAAAUCUACCGCAACGCCCCCCGCGCCGAAGAAAUAGGCUUCCAACCAACAACCGCUUUCGCCGACGCCUACCCAAUCCAUCUACUAAAUAUGUCCAGCCACCAUGACCUCGCAGCACGGUGCGCGUACGCAAUUCCGCGUCUCAGCAUCUCGCGCUUCCGCGCAAACAUCAUCAUCCAGGGCCCCGAGGCGUUCGCCGAAGAUCACUGGAAAAGACUCGAUAUCGCGGGCGUGGAGAUCCAUGCUGCUUGUCGGACUGUACGGUGUCGACUGCCGAAUGUGGAUCCUGUUACUGGGUUCCGGCAUCCGGUGGAGCCGGAUCGGGCGUUGAAGUCUUAUCGGAAGAUUGAUGAGGGGGAUCGGACGAAUGCUUGUCUUGGGAUGCAGCUUGUGCCUGCAUUGCCGGAGUUUGUGAUUCGGGUUGGGGAUGAGGUUGGUGUGCUUGAGACGGGGAGUCAUCGGUAUAUCAAGAUGUUGGCUCCGGGGGAGGUGGUUGAGGGCGUGUGA